AUGGAACCACGUAGAGAGAAUAAGAAAUGCACUGAUGGUGGGUCAGACACGCAGUCAAGUAAUGGAGCUUCCGAAGACUCAGAGAAUAGAGAUCUUGGACAGCAGGAUCAACCAGACGGUCAAGGUGCUGAGAAUAGGAAUUUAAAUGAAAAUGAUUCAAAUGGGGAUACACAAGAGACAGAACAGUUUAGGAAAGGAGCUUCUGCAGACGCUAACAAAACAGAUCUUGAACAGAAGGAUAAUUCAGAGGGUCAAGGUGCUGAGAAUAGGAAUUUAAAUGAAAAUGAUUCAAAUGGGGAUACACAAGAGGCAGAGCAGUCUAGGAAAGGAGCUACUGCAGACGCUAACAAAACAGAUCUUGAACAGAAGGAUAAUUCAGAGGGUCAAGGUGCUGAGAAUAGGAAUUUAAAUGAAAAUGAUUCAAAUGGGGAUACACAAGAGGCAGAGCAGUCUAGGAAAGGAGCUACUGCAGACGCUAACAAAACAGAUCUUGAACAGAAGGAUAAUUCAGAGGGUCAAGGUGCUGAGAAUAGGAAUUUAAAUGAAAAUGAUUCAAAUGGGGAUACACAAGAGGCAGAGCAGUCUAGGAAAGGAGCUACUGCAGACGCUAACAAAACAGAUCUUGAACAAGAGGAUAAUUCAGAGGGUCAAGGUGCUGAGAAUAGGAAUUUAACUGAAAAUGAUUCAAAUGGGGAUACACAAGAGGCAGAGCAGUCUAGGAAAGGAGCUUCUGCAGACGCUAACAAAACAGAUCUUGAACAGAAGGAUAAUUCAGAGGGUCAAGGUGCUGAGAAUAGGAAUUUAAAUGAAAAUGAUUCAAAUGGGGAUACACAAGAGACAGAACAGUUUAGGAAAGGAGCUUCUGCAGACGCUAACAAAACAGAUCUUGAACAGAAGGAUAAUUCAGAGGGUCAAGGUGCUGAGAAUAGGAAUUUAACUGAAAAUGACCCGAACAGGGAUACACAAGAGGCAGAACAGUCUAGGAAAAGAGCUUCUGCAGACGCUAACAAAACAGAUCUUGAACAGAAGGAUAAUUCAGAGGGUCAAGGUGCUGAGAAUAGGAAUUUAAAUGAAAAUGAUUCAAAUGGGGAUACACAAGAGGCAGAGCAGUCUAGGAAAGGAGCUACUGCAGACGCUAACAAAACAGAUCUUGAACAAGAGGAUAAUUCAGAGGUUCAAGGUGCUGAGAAUAGGAAUUUAACUGAAAAUGAUUCAAAUGGGGAUACACAAGAGGCAGAGCAGUCUAGGAAAGGAGCUACUGCAGACGCUAACAAAACAGAUCUUGAACAAGAGGAUAAUUCAGAGGGUCAAGGUGCUGAGAAUAGGAAUUUAAAUGAAAAUGAUUCAAAUGGGGAUACACAAGAGGCAGAGCAGUCUAGGAAAGGAGCUACUGCAGACGCUAACAAAACAGAUCUUGAACAGAAGGAUAAUUCAGAGGGUCAAGGUGCUGAGAAUAGAAAUUUAAAUGAAAAUGAUUCAAAUGGGGAUACACAAGAGGCAGAGCAGUCUAGGAAAGGAGCUACUGCAGACGCUAACAAAACAGAUCUUGAACAGAAGGAUAAUUCAGAGGGUCAAGGUGCUGAGAAUAGGAAUUUAAAUGAAAAUGAUUCAAAUGGGGAUACACAAGAGGCAGAGCAGUCUAGGAAAGGAGCUACUGCAGACGCUAACAAAACAGAUCUUGAACAAGAGGAUAAUUCAGAGGGUCAAGGUGCUGAGAAUAGGAAUUUAACUGAAAAUGAUUCAAAUGGGGAUACACAAGAGGCAGAGCAGUCUAGGAAAGGAGCUUCUGCAGACGCUAACAAAACAGAUCUUGAACAGAAGGAUAAUUCAGAGGGUCAAGGUGCUGAGAAAAGGAAUUUAACUGAAAAUGACCCAAACAGGGAUACACAAGAGGCAGAACAGUCUAGGAAAAGAGCUUCUGCAGACGCUAACAAAACAGAUCUUGAACAGAAGGAUAAUUCAGAGGGUCAAGGUGCUGAGAAUAGGAAUUUAAAUGAAAAUGAUUCAAAUGGGGAUACACAAGAGGCAGAGCAGUCUAGGAAAGGAGCUACUGCAGACGCUAACAAAACAGAUCUUGAACAAGAGGAUAAUUCAGAGGUUCAAGGUGCUGAGAAUAGGAAUUUAACUGAAAAUGAUUCAAAUGGGGAUACACAAGAGGCAGAGCAGUCUAGGAAAGGAGCUACUGCAGACGCUAACAAAACAGAUCUUGAACAGAAGGAUAAUUCAGAGGGUCAAGGUGCUGAGAAUAGGAAUUUAAAUGAAAAUGAUUCAAAUGGGGAUACACAAGAGGCAGAGCAGUCUAGGAAAGGAGCUACUGCAGACGCUAACAAAACAGAUCUUGAACAAGAGGAUAAUUCAGAGGGUCAAGGUGCUGAGAAUAGGAAUUUAACUGAAAAUGACCCAAAUCGGGAUACACAAGAGGAAGAUAAUACAGAGAGUCAAGAUUUUAAGAAUAUUAAUGCAAUUGAGAGCGCUCCAUGUGAGAAUUUGCAAGAGUCAGAGCAGUCUAGGGGUGGAGCUUUUGCAGAUUCAGAUAAAACAGCUGUUUUUGGAGACUCGGAUAGAAAUGAUUCUGUACAUGGUGAUAAAACAGAGAGUCAAGAUGUUAAAAAUAUGAAAUCAAAUGAGAAUGAUACAAGUAAGGAUAUACAAAGGCCAGAACAGCCUAGGAAUGGAGAUUUUGCAGAUUCAAUCAAAACAAGCCUUAUAUUACAGACGGAUAAUUCAGAGGGCCCUUAUCUUGAGGAUAUGAAUUCAAACGAGAGUGACCCAAAUUGGGAUACACACGAGCAGUUUAGUUAUCACUAUUCUGAAGAUACAAGGAAAACUGUAUCUAUGGGUAAUGCUAAAACAGGAAAUCGUGACACAGGAGAUUUGACAUCCAGUCAGUCUCAAACUUCUGAAAAGGAGGAGGUAAGUGGAGAAGACAAAAGUGACAUCCACAAUUCUGACAGCCACAAUUCUGUAACACGUGAAAAAUUUGAAGUCUCUCUUGAAGAAACAAAACCUAGUAAUGAUGAAGAAGGCAGUGCAAGAAGUGAAGAGGAAACAGAUAGAAAAUCUACAUUGAUCCGAUCAGACCAAGUUAAUAUACCAUCAGAGAGCAAACCACACAUUGCAACAAAUGAUAAGCCUAGUACUGGGAGUGAUGCCAAAAAUUUCACUACAAAUGAAGAUAGUCUCAGCCAAGAAAGAAUUAGUGGAGAAGAGAGGUUAAAAGACGUUCAACAGAAGAAAGAUGAAUUACUAAAACAUCAAAAUACAGAAAAAGAACUUCAUGAUAGUCUCAGCCAAGAAAGAAUCAGUGGAGAAGAGAGGUUAAAAGACGUUCAACAGAUGAAAGAGGAAUUACUAAAACAUCAAAAUACAGAAGAAGAACUCUAUGCGAGACUAGCGGAGGCCGAUGAAGAGAUAAAAACUUUGAGGAGACAGGUUGAAGAACAAUGUGAUAGUCUCAGCCAAGAAAGAAUCAGUGGAGAAGAGAGGUUAAAAGACGUUCAACAGAUGAAAGAGGAAUUACUAAAACAUCAAAAUACAGAAGAAGAACUCUAUGCGAGACUAGCGGAGGCCGAUGAAGAGAUAAAAACUUUGAGGAGACAGGUUGAAGAACAAUGUGGUAUGAGUUACCUCGCAUCUGACCAUGGACCAAGUCAGGAAACAGAUCGUCUCAUUCAGAAUAAUGCAAUGUCUGCUUGGACACAGGAAUUGAAUAAUCUACAAAACAAAGAUCGUGAAUGUACCUCAGACGAAAGAGUUAUAAGGGAUUUGCAUAACGAUAUCAAUUUACAGCAAGAAAAAAUGGAGGAUUAUGAAUUACAAAUUGAACAACUUACCAGAGAGAACGAUAAAAAGACUGAUGAAAAUAGCCGUUUACUGCAUAGAAUUCUGGAGCUGGAAACAGCUGAAACACAAUUAAAUGAAAUGAAGACCAAGGCACAUGAAGAAAAGGGUUUAAAGGAGGCUGAAAUAGAGAAACUACAAAAAGAAUUACGUUCUUUGAAUGAUACUCUCAGCCAAGAGAGAAGCAUUGGAGAAAAAAGAUUAACAGAAAUUCAGAAGAUGAAGGAGGAUUUACAUAAUCAUAAAACAAGAGAAGAAAAUUUUCAGCAGAGACUAGAUGAGGCCAGUGAAGAAAUGGAAAAUUUGAAAAGACAGAUUGAAAAACAAUGUGCAGACAACGGUGGUAUCCUUCACAAAUAUUUGGAAGAAGAAAAGGCAGCAAAAAAAUUUGAAGUUUCUUUGGAGAAAUUGGGACAAGAGAAAGAGCAAUUAGAAAGACAGCUCCAUUUGACGAAAGAAAAACUUGCUCAAACAGAAAGUGAGCUGACAGCAACGAAAGAACAGCACGAAGGAGAAAAAUCAAAACUACACGAAGCAUUACAAAUGCUGACAGCUCAAUCAAAUCAAGAAAAAGAAAACCAACACCAACAAAUAAAUAAACUGACGGAUGAUAUUCGGCGUUUACGGAACCAAAAUGCGCAAACAAUAAGUGAGUUGGAAGGAAAAAAAGUAGAAAAUAAAAGUUUGGAAUCUAAACUCACCCGAACUAAGCGAGAACUGGAGGACAUAAUGAAUGAGAAGAAACAGGUUGAAGACCACAUUCUUCAUUUAAGUGGAGACUUAAAUAAGCGUGAUAAGAAGAUAAUGGAGCUUAACGCCGAUUUAGCAAUGAAGGAGGCCGAAAAAACAUAUGCCAAUGAAUGCAUGCAAAAGGCCAUUCAAAGUCAACAGGAAAUGGCGUAUCGAAUAUUAAAUUUACAAAGAGUGGAAAUGGAGAAACGUCAAGCAGAAGAAGACAGGCGGUCUCUUUUAGAUGAAAACACCCGUCUGCGUGCAUGUCUGGAAGAAUCAGGCUACGUACGCGAUCAUUUGCAGGAAUACUAUAAAGUUUUGCAAGACACAAAUUUAGAGUUACAGAGGGAAAAAGAGAAAAACAGACAUAUCAAUGAAUUAUUGUCUUCUAAUGGCCACCGUUUAGAAAACAUGACAGCAGAUGUAAGAAAUUACCGUUCUCUCGCGGAGAGCAACAGGAGAUUGCUGGAAGAGAAAAAAGAUUGUGCACAUGAUCUUCAACGGCAGGUAGAUCGGCUUACUUAUGAAAAUGAAAAAUUAAAAGGAGAACGUGACAAAUAUCACCAGGAAAGCUUUGACCUAAAGGACAAAUGCCAACAUUUGAGUGAAGAGCUAGAACAGACAAGAAAUGAAAGUAGAGAACUGAGGGAACAAGUUGAUGCUGCUGAUGGUACGAUUGAAAAUAGAUCAUUCCCAAAUCAAGUUCAUUUUCCAAAUCUUUUAACUAGUACUCCAGCAGGUGCAGGUCCUCCGAAUGUAAGUUUUCAAGGCACCGGAUAUUUUGUACAAGGAAGUGGUGGCUCUGGAUCCCGAAGAAAAUAGAUGCGGAUGUAAUAUAAUGUAUUCAUCUGAUGCCUCCCUGCCUCCAUAACUUGGCUUUACACAUUAUUGUUGUAUUGUUUAAUUGUGUACAAUGAACUCUGAAAAAAGUUAACUUAUAAAAUAAAUAAAGAAAAAAUAAUAACCAUUAUGUGACAAAUGUAAUAAUUCGCAUGUUAUUUUUAUUCAUUAUGUUAACUCUAGUUACAGUGAACCUUAAGACCAUGGAACAUUAACUGGCAAGAUUGGAAAUAUGCAACUUAUAAAUGUCAUUUCCAUCUCUUAAAGUCAAAAUGUCAAACUUGAAUUUCUAUCCAUUUUUCUCAUUUUUCUCAUUCACCCGGACCGAAUCGUACCCACCCAUUUCCUUAUUUUCCCAGUUAAUGUUCCGCCGUCUUGUCUAUGAAACGAUCAGCAAUAAUUUUGUACAAAAACACCCCCCCCCCCCAAAAAAAAGAAAGAAAGAAAAAAAAAAGAAAAAAUGAAAUCUGGAUUUAGUUUAUAUAAUUCUUUAGCAUUUUUUAUCAAGCAAGGAGGGUGAUUAAAGGCGUUGUUUUUUUUUUAGACAUGUCCGAAAUCAUUAUGUAAAAACAAUGUCCACAAGACUGGCAAAACUCAUGAUAAUGUUUCAGGUAGUAAUUUUUCAUUCAAGCUAUUAUAUGGCGAGAGAGAACAUAAAUUUUGAUUUGAAUGUACGUGUUUAGGCAUAUUUUUCCUAUGUGUGCUCAGUUUUUUAAAAGUUUACUGAAAAGAAAUAUUUUAUGCUUUUAUUUAAUUUUAAUUUUUAUUCCUGUGCAUUUAAUUCAAUUUAUACAAAGUUUAGAGGUGUUUUUUGUGAUUGUUUACAUACAUGUAGAUUAUAAUGUUUAC